AUGCAGCCAGGCCACCUACAAGCUAGACGAAGCCCCACGGAAGACGAAACGCACACAACUUAUCCGUUCACUGCCGUUUCGCAUAAUAGGGCAUACAGCCCAACAUGUUUGGAGAAGAGGGAUAUCGGCCCGAUGCCGCUAAUUGUUGCCUGUAAACGCAAGGUCGAGGUGCUACCUAUUGUAUCACACCCGCAACGCUCAGCUCAAAUGCAAACUAAAGCAUAUUUUUCUUCGCCCUUGUCACCGCUACCGUCACAGCCCAAAACUCUCUGGAUACUGUCAUCCAAGACUGACUUCAAAUGUCCCUGCGGCUCAAAGAAGUUCAUCAAUACUAUAAUUGGCUGCGUGACGAGCAAGUGCAGCGGUGGCGACCUUAUGUCCGCUUAUCAGUGGGCCUCAGACAAAUUCUCAUCAGUUGGAGAGCCACUGUAG